GAAUAUAAACGACCAAUCAGAACGAUUGUGUGCCGCCGCCAAAGCGGUACUCAGAUGUGUUCUUGACGAAACGACACCUCUUUUUUAACUGGUGAUCUUCCGGUGUUUUGAGAGCCGUAAAAAAAUAUUAAAUCAAAAUCGUCAAGUUUAAGGUUGAACGUAAAUCAUCAAGUUGUACGAUACGAAUUCGGUUAAGGUUAUCGGGGCGUAUUUGCGCGACAAAAUGUUGUACGGUUCGGGCGCCAUUUUGAUCGGAGUGGUGCAUAGUCUGUGAUCGCGGUGGUCGUUAUUUUCGGUUAUUUACAUAAAAAAAGCGCGAUUUAUACGUUAAAUUUAAUUGAAACGAAUUGAGUAAUCAUUGAAGAUGACCCAGCAAAAUAAUACAACGAACUGGGUGAUACAGGAUUCGAACGUUUCAGGUCAGAUGAUUAAACUCAUCCAUUCCACGGGCAAACCCAUAAGUAUGAUGACAUCAGGGCAACCUAUCAAAAUUAUUAAGGCUGUCUCUGAACAAGACUCCCCACAGGUGUUUACAUCUUCUGGACAGUCUAUAGUAAAAACAAUUAAUUCAACAAAAUUAUUAAAACCAGUCAAUUUUCCAAAAGCAACAGAUGGCCAAGUAAGAACGAUACGAUUAACACCUCAACAAUUACAACAAUUCAAAGUAAAUACAUCAACAAUGCCUAUACAAUUACAAGCUAUCCCAAUAGCAAACACCAAACAACAGCAACAACCGCAAACACCUGUACAACAAACCACAAAACAUAAUUCACCACCGAUUUUGGAUCAUUGUAUAACGAGGAAACGCGUUGAAUCGUUCGACUUAAAAAUAUUAUCGGAUAAACGACGAAAAACCGAAAAAGUGGGGAAAGGUUUAAGACAUUUUUCGAUGAAAGUUUGCGAGAAAGUUCGUAACAAAGGUACCACGUCGUAUAACGAGGUUGCCGAUGAACUUGUCGCGGAGUUUACGACUUCCGAUAUAAGUGCGUUAGCCGAACAAUAUGACCAAAAAAAUAUCAGACGAAGAGUUUACGACGCGCUAAACGUACUAAUGGCGAUGAAUAUUAUCUCGAAAGAGAAAAAAGAAAUAAGAUGGAUCGGAUUGCCUUCGAAUUCAGUACAGGAAUGCAUGCAACUCGAACGCGAAAAAGAGAAACGAAUUCAACGAAUUAAACAGAAAAGGGAACAGCUGAGGGAACUUUUAUUGAAUCAAGUUUCAUUUAAAAACUUGGUACAGAGGAAUAAGACUUUGGAAGAGCAACAUGGGAAUCCCGCCCCAAACUCUUACAUUCAAUUGCCUUUUAUUGUUUUAAAUACAGAUAAGAAGACUGUAAUUGAUUGUAGUAUUUCGCCAGAUAAAACCGAAUACAUGUUUCAAUUUAACGAUCGGUUUGAAGUGAACGACGAUUGUGAGGUAUUAAAAGAAAUCGGUUUACUUCGUGGUUUAGAUAAAGGCGAAUGUUCCGAAGAGGAUUUGGAAUAUUUAAAAUCUUUGGUACCAAAAGCUUUAAGAGAUUACAUAAGUCAACUAGCUUCAAAUAAAGGAUAUUUUGAAAACAUUGAUGACCUUUCGGCUGGUCCGAGUAAUAUAACAUUCAGUGCGGAAGAAUUUGUUGAAGCUCACCUUGACGAAGAUAAUUCACGUCAAUCGUCUAGUUUGGACGCGUUCUCUCCGAGCACCCAUCAUUCUGACGAAGAUGACUCGGACAUGUCCAGUGAUAUUAACUAGUAGCAACCGGAUGGAGAAUGGACGAUGGCCUCAAAAAUAUCAGUCCACUUUUUGUCACUUAACAUGUCCAGAAGUACAGAAAAAAACAUACCUAGUUAUUUUAUUGUUGUUUUGAUUUGAUCCAAAAAAGUCACUCAAUUAAAAAAAUAAUAACUAAGCGUUAAUAAGGAAACGAAAAAGGUUUUCAGCUUCUAUUAUCCCAUUUUUUCGUUUCUUUUUAUAUAUAUUUUCAGUUUUAUUUUGAUUUUUUUCAAGAUUUCUUUAAGUUGUAUAAAAUAAAAAAGUGUUGAUAUUUAAAACGUGCGUUUAUUUCGGUUUUAACGCACGUUUAAAGUAUUGUCACUGCUCAAAAUAUUGGAAGAUUCUGUUUGUUAUGAUUGUAUAUACUUUUUCUAAACGUUAUAUAUACAUAAUAUAUAUAGAUAUACAUAGCGAUGAGUAUUUUGUACACCAUUUAAAAAGAAUAAAACAAAAAAGUAUGGAAUGUGAAAAAAUUGCCCAAUUUUAUAUAAUAAGGUGAUAAUAAGUGCUUGUAUAUGAAAAUAUAAAAAACAGAAAAGAUGUAAUUUGUUUGUUUUAAGGACCAAAAGAAAAGUUUUGUUUUUUCUUUUCGAUUUUUACUUUGUUUGGAUGAGAAAUAAUAUUCCAUUUAUGUUUUAUUAAAAAAGGAAAUGUAAAUAUAUUCAUUAGUUUAUUUA